AUGUCUGCUUCCUCAGUACCUGGCACUGAAACAUAUAACUCCACUACUCUUAGGGAUCUGGCUGGAGGUGCUGGUGAUAGAAUCCUUGACAAGAUUAAAGAAAAUCCAAUGAAUAUCAUUCCAAUCAAUAUGAUAUGUGCUGCAUUGGAUAUUAAAGAUCCAUUCGAAGUCAUUGCCCAUUUUGAACCUGACAAAGAAGAUGUUGGUAUUAUGGUUAAUGCAUGCAUUGGUGUGAUUCCUGUCGUUGGACCUAUCUUGCAAGGAGUGUUCUCUCUCUUUUGGAAGAGAGCUGCUGAAUCAAAUGUUGUUACCAAAGAAAAACUCAAAGAAGAGUUGGACAAGCUAAGAAAAGAAAUGUUGGCCGCUGUUGCUGGAAAGAUCAAAGAUAGUGAGGUCAAACAAUGGACUGAAGUCUGUGAAGCUUUCUUGAAAGGAUUGAAGAAAUCUUGUAAAGUUCUUGGUACUCAUAUCAAUGCUCUUAAACAUCAAUUUGCUGAAAAACAAUGUGCCGAUGAACAAGUUCAAGAGGCCGUUCGUAUUGAUUUGGCAUUGAUCAGUGACAAAGCAUUCUCACUUCAUGAAUUCUGUGAUUCCGAAGAAUAUAUCAAGUUUACCAUUGGAUACUAUAUUCAAUCACUUCAAAUUUACACUGCAGUUUUAACACUUCAAGAGGCAUUCUGGUAUCAAUUAGGAAUUAAACCAAUUUUUGUUAUUGGUAAACCAGCAACUGAUAAAAUUGAUGCUGUUCCAUCAUUCGCACAGACUAUGCAUGAAGAAAUUAUGCCAGCUCUCAAGAACAUUGCCCGAGGUCUUUCUAGAAAUGUUCGUGAUGGAGCUCAAGCCAAAGGAGUCGACUUGAAAACUCUCAAUCUACUCUUAAAGAGUGAUCGUUACCUUUAUCCAAUCCCAUUGAUUGAGGCACCCGUUAAAAUGCCAAAUGUAGCCAAGUGUCUUCGUGAGGUUGAGGGUCCACAAUGUCCAGAAUGCAAGGUACCAGAGCAUACCGGACCGUUUAUCUUUAGAAUUGAUUGCAUCAAUUUUAGACCGGAAACAUCUGCUGAAGAUAUUCGUGGUUAUCGUAAUAUGUCUUAUGUUGAAGAGCCAAUAACCGGUUGCAAAGGUACCAUGUCAGGUAUUUCUGCUGCACUCACAGUUAUCCUUCCCAAAAAGAGAACCGUUCAAAUUCGUUUCGUUGGUGAAUAUGAUAGUGGUUUCACUAAUCUUCCAAUUUCAUGGACCACAAACAGAGAGGCUGAAAUUAUGUCUAUGAUGCCAUUCGAACAUUAUAGAAGAAAUGAAAAACCUAUACCAGCAAUCAAGGAGGAAAUGGGCAUUGCACAAGUUCCAGGAUUAAUGUUGAUGAUGAACCCAGAGACAUUUAAGAGUGGUAUGACUUACACUGAAAAGAUGAAGGAUAUUGAAAGAAUUACAUUCAUCACCGAUCCAUUUGAUGAUUCGAAACGUUAUGCAAAGAUUUUGUUUAUUGAAUUAAUCAUUCAAGAUUAA